AUGAAGACUCUUCUAUUUAUUCUCUUCGUCAUCACUGUAUCUUUUGUUAAUUAUUCAAUUGAACAAAACACAGAUGGAAAUGAAAUUACAACACAAGAAACUGAAAUGCCUAUUUCUACUACAACACCUUGGUGGACGCGUACAUUUCCAGUAAUUCCUCACCGUACAGUACCAGAACGCCCACGACCACCACCAGCGACUACUACAAAUCCGAAUCGUGUUUCGACCGGUGUUUCUAUUGCUGUUCCACUCGUUUUAUUCAUUUUAACAUUAUCAAUUGGUUUUGGUUUAAUUAUUUAUUCUGUAAAAAGAGGUCAUCAGGGCAUGUCUUGGCUUACACCUACCAAUGAUCCCGUAGCUCCUUAA